AUGACCCCUCUGUCUGCCUCCAUACCCAAGCCCAUGACCCCUCUGUCUGCCUCCAUACCCAAGCCCAUGACCCCUCUGUCUGCCUCCAUACCCAAGCCCAUGACCCCUCUGUCUGCCUCCAUACCCAAGCCCAUGACCCCACUAUCUGCCUCCAUACCCAAGCCCAUGACCCCUCUGUCUGCCUCCAUACCCAAGCCCAUGACCCCUCUGUCUGCCUACAUACCCAAGCCCAUGACCCCACUAUCUGCCUCCAUACCCAAGCCCAUGACCCCUCUGUCUGCCUCCAUACCCAAGCCCAUGACCCCUCUGUCUGCCUCCAUACCCAAGCCCAUGACCCCACUGUCUGCCUCCAUACCCAAGCCCAUGACCCCACUGUCUGCCUCCAUACCCAAGCCCAUGAUCCCUCUGUCUGCCUCCAUACCCAAGCCCAUGACCCCACUGUCUGCCUCCAUACCCAAGCCCAUGACCCCACUAUCUGCCUCCAUACCCAAGCCCAUGACCCCACUAUCUGCCUCCAUACCCAAGCCCAUGACCCCACUGUCUGCCUCCAUACCCAAGCUCAUGACCCCACUGUCUGCCUCCAUACCCAAGCCCAUGACCCCACUAUCUGCCUCCAUACCCAAGCCCAUGACCCCUCUGUCUGCCUCCAUACCCAAGCCCAUGACCCCUCUGUCUGCCUCCAUACCCAAGCCCAUGACCCCUCUGUCUGCCUCCAUACCCAAGCCCAUGACCCCUCUGUCUGCCUCCAUACCCAAGCCCAUGACCCCUCUGUCUGCCUCCAUACCCAAGCCCAUGACCCCACUAUCUGCCUCCAUACCCAAGCCCAUGACCCCUCUGUCUGCCUCCAUACCCAAGCCCAUGACCCCUCUGUCUGCCUCCAUACCCAAGCCCAUGACCCCACUAUCUGCCUCCAUACCCAAGCCCAUGACCCCUCUGUCUGCCUCCAUACCCAAGCCCAUGACCCCUCUGUCUGCCUCCAUACCCAAGCCCAUGACCCCACUGUCUGCCUCCAUACCCAAGCCCAUGACCCCACUGUCUGCCUCCAUACCCAAGCCCAUGACCCCUCUGUCUGCCUCCAUACCCAAGCCCAUGACCCCUCUGUCUGCCUCCAUACCCAAGCCCAUGACCCCUCUGUCUGCCUCCAUACUCAAGCCCGUGUUCAAAGAUGUUGUGAAAGCACUUUGGGCCUCCCAUGAGGAAGCUAACCCUACGUGUUCAUGA